AUGUCUGUUGCAUCUUUCAACCGCGAGACCGCCUUCCAGGCACGGUCGUUGUUCCGCUCCCUGCUGCGGUAUUCCGGCCAGUUCUCCAACUACAACUUCCGGGAGUAUGCUCGUCGGAAGACAAGAGACUCCUUCCGUGAGCACCAGAAUGCGACGGAGGAACGUCAGAUACAAGAAUUGAUGCAAGAAGGCUUGCAGAGCUUGCGCUUGAUGAAGGUUAGUGGGAUAUGCAUGGAGUUUCGGCAGAACUUGACCAGCGCCGGACUUGAGCGAAUCCCCCAUGGCUCUUCGCAUGAGAGAAUCCACGCUGCUCUUUCAAGCUCAUCGAUCUUCAUUUGCAUCCUGUCCAGACGUGUAAUGCUAAUUACUUCUACAGAGGCAAACGAUAAUCAGUCAGUUCUUCCAGCUGGACAAGUUGGUGGUGGAAGGCCAGAAGACUGGCAAGGAGACCGGAGACCAUGGAGAAAUUGUUCGUCAGAAGGAGACUGGUUCAGGGCGUCGCGCUCGGGGCGACACCUCGACGGGGGCCCCAAUCGCACACGAACCGGCCAGAUCGACCACGAUGUCUUUGAGGGAUUGCCAGUACGGCGAUGGUCCAAGCAAACGCACACAUUCUCACAAGCGCCUAAGCCCGAUGACUCUGAAUUCGGUGUUCAAGGUCCAGGUGGAGGGCCAACCCUACCAGAGCUUCCCAUGCCACGGGACAGCGGGCUCUUGCCGCCGAUCAGCCGCGCACUGCUCCGCGCAGCCCGCGCAGGAUGCAACCAUAUUCGCCAGGGUGCACGUCCCACCGACGAGGAGGAGCAAAAUGCAACAGAUCCCGAGGAUCCGGCCGGGGCGUCGAGUCUGGCCGAUCGCAGCUUUACAACUCGCAAGUGGAUGGCUGUUCCUAAGCACUUGGAGGCAGCAGAAGUAGAGUUCUUGGCCAAGCGACGACCCGGCCUCCCCUCCCUCUAUGGGGCUGCUGCUGCUAUUGAUGGAGCCACUGCGGCAUCUGGGCCGAUGAGAAGAACCAAAUUCAAGAAGGUCGACCCAGAAACUGGCAAUAUCUCUAUCUAUGAAGCCUGGGUUCCAGAAGGACAUCGCAUUGAAGGAGAAAUCACUGGUGAUGUGCAAACAAUUGCUGAACAAAGCGACGUCCCCGUGAAACCCGAGGCUCCUGCGCCUGGAACCAUUGUUGAGGGCGUGGGUAUUGUCAAUGCCGAGGGUGUUGUCGUUGCAGAGGCGGGAUCAGCAGCCGUCAUGACACCUCCAAAGAGACGCCCACCUCCCCCCAAACGCAAGGGCAAGGGUAUUGGAAAAGGUCGAAAGAAGAAGGUCAUGUUCGCCCCAGGCGAGGGAGCUGAUGCAGCAACAGUCCACGGAGUGGGCUCUGGCGCUGGUGAUAAGGGGUCCGGUCUGGAUGGACAGGGCCAGCAGGAUGGUUCCCAGAUGUCUGUUGACCAGUCGGGUCAAGAUGAAGAUGAAGAAGAUGGCGAUGAGGGCGACGAGAGUGACGAGGGUGACGAGUCUAUGAUGGAUGCAAAGACCCCCGAGACCCCCCAGGCUGCAUCUGGUGCAGAGUCUACAGAUCACCCCUCCAUGGAAACACCUGCUGGGCAAUCAGUUGAUGCCGACGUCGACAUGACAGAUGAUAUCCCCGAUGCUGCGCCUGAGCCACCUCUAUCGGCUGCUAAUGAUACCGUUUCACCACCCCAGGCUGAGAACGAGGCACUUCAACCACAAGCUGCCGUCGAGGCGGGUACUGAUACACCAGUCACGGAGCUUUCCGCACAAAAGUCUCAGGAGGACGAGAAAUCUACAGUCUCGGACAAUGACAAGGCGCCGGUCUCUCCUUCUCUCCAGGACACGCCGAAGAAAGAAUCCGCCGAACCUUCGGCUGGAGCCGGCGAAGCUCAAUCACAGGAGAAGGAAGAUAUCACACAGCCCACCGCCGAUCCCAUUGCCAAGGAAGAACCCGGCCUCACAAGUCAAGCAGACAUUGCGAGCGCGGCGCCGCAGCAUGCAGAGUCCGAACAACAUUUGGAGCCACAGCCCUCGAACAAAUCACAAACACCUGAGCAGCCAAAACAAGUAGCUGCGGAAUCGGAAUCAGCCCCAGAAUCAGCUCCUGUGUCUGCUGAACCACAAACAACUCAGAGCAUCACCAGUGAGCAAAUAGAACCGCCCAGCACACAAGAGCCCCUUGCAGGAGCUCAACCCGACCAACAAAGUUCCUCGGGCGCUCCCGAAGUCGAAAUGGACAUGAGUGAUGCAAUUCAUACAGAACAGCAGGAUACCUCGGCGCCAGAACAACCUACAGUGCCAGAGCCACAACCUGCCGCACCUGCGGAUUCAGAUUCAGCACCAGGAGUAGCAGCAGAGGCUCCACAGGCUGAACCUGCCCCGGUUAUCGAAAAUGCUACUGUACCCGACACCUCUCUCGCAGAGCCUAUUCUCACGAAAGAGCCCACGCCCAACACACACGAACACGCCGAUGCGCCAACAGAUUCAACAAGCUUAGAUCAACCAGAAACUGCCGCUGAGCCAGAGCAGAAAAACGAGUCCCUGUCUGAAGAGCCCAAAACUGGACUCGAUCAAUUGCCAGAUCCAACACCGGGGUCCGGGCCGCUUUAA